AAAAAAAAAAUCUAAUAAAAUAGCAAAAAUAUUAUACAUAAUAUACUACAAAAUACAUAAAUAUAAUAAAAUAUAUGAACACGUUUUAUUACGUGCGUAAUUCAGCUCUCUGAUAAUGUCCGAUGAACUCCGGACUAAUUCCAAUAUUUUCUUACUCAUCUUUAAAUAUUUGUAUCUCACAUUACAGAUUUUUAAACUCCAUAUCUUAUCCGCAAUGAAUUUUAUAAUGAUAAGAGGUCAACUUCACUGUUCUCUCAAACUUCGGGGGUACCUGGGUUAUUUAAUAAGUUGCGUUUCGUAUACAACUAUAAAGAUUAUAAUUUUUUUAAUUGCUGUGUUGAACUGUGUAUAAUAUAAUUUCAAACUCAAUCAAUCAUACAUUUUUUUUUAAGGGGGGGGAUUGUUUGAAUAUUUGUUAAAAUAAUAUUAGUUUCAGUCAUAAUGAUUUGAUACAAUUAGUUUAUAAAUCAGUAAACAGAGUUAGAGAUUUGAACAACAACCUUGCAGUGCCCACGCUGUUAUGUCUAUAAUAACAUAAUUGUGUCAAAUAUGCACGUUAUCAAAUAUUGACUUUACGUACUUAUUAUUCGGGAUUCUGUUUUUAAACUUUUAUUACUUCGUGAAACACUAUGUUAAAUAUACUAUAUUAGACUGCAGGAUCACAAAUUAUACGGUAGAUAAUAAUAUUAUCGUCGCGGUUUAGUAUAUCUCAUGACUUAUAAUAGAAAUAAUCGGAUAGUUAUUUUUUGUAAAAAUUAAAUUUCGUUAAAAAUUACAUCGAGUAGGUAUAGACGAUCCAUUUUCACGAAACAAGAUCGUAUGAAUUUGACCAUUUUUUGACAUAUUUUCCAUAUAGACUAGGUACCUAUAUAUAGUUUGUGUUAGUCGAUUUUGUAAACUUGACCAUUAUUCCGUUAUUUUUUCAUAAUUACUCAUCGUCUACCGACGCGCGUAUACAAAAACAAACACAAUAAUAUUAUUCUACAAUAUUGUGUAACAAUAUAAUAAUACGAAUUUGUGACGUUGCGCGUAACGCGCGCAAACAUAUUAUAACACAGUGUGUAUUAUUAUAAUUUACAAUAAUAGAGUAUAUGAUAAUAGCGAUAUACUUGAUAAUAAUAAUAACGCGAUGUAUCCGCGGACGAAUUAGACGUACACGGCGGGACGCGCAUCAUUAGCCCCCAGACGGUAACUAUGGAUACGCCCGGGAAAGCCAUAAGCUCGCGCGCUCCCUCACAGACCGUAUCGUGAAAUGCGAUGCGUGUGCGCCGCGCGCGCGUGUGUGUGUGUGUGUGUGUGUGUACGCGCGUGAUCGGCGCGAAAUGUAUACGCUCACGCUCGCGCGCACGCCGCCGCCGCGAGUGGCCGGGCGGGACGGGGAGGACGACGCUGCUGGUUGAAAAGUUUCCGCGCGCGCCACAAGUGUUCAGAUACGGGACCGUGGCAACAGUUCGCGUGCCGUCAGCAGCGCAUGUGUCGUCGUCAGAGACACCGCCGCUGUCGCUUAUUGAAGGCCCUCUUCGCGGUACCACCACAAUACGCAGACCGCGCGUAGACGUGCUCGACGUUAUCUUUGUCGCUGUCGUCGUCGUAUUCAACUGACCGUUAUUUUCUUCUCGUUUACGGACCAUGACCGUGUGAGUGGUGUUGUCUGUAAAUCAUAACAUUACGAUAUCAUGACGUGCAGUGCGACCGAGCGCGAAAUGUUCGCUAAAGUGCAGUGAAACGUCUACGUCACGCGUCUGCCAGUCAUAAUAAUAAUACGUUAACACCGCUUCGACGGUAUAAUAAUAUAACCUACUAGCGCGAUGUCGUCUGACGACCGGGUGUUCGAACGACGGAUCGUGUCCAAGCGGAGGACUUCCGCCAACUUGGAGGACACGCCGGAGAAGCAAUGUCCGAACGGUUGGGCCGGCGUCGUGGCUGCCGCCGCGGCGGCCGCGUCGUCUUCGUCGUCGUCGCUCCGGCAAAAGGCGGCCGCCUGCAAGAUCUCGCAGAGGACGACGUUUCAACCGCAUCCCGAUUCCAUUUGCGAUUGGUUCUUCAAAGUGAUGGUACUUGGCGAUUCCGGAGUUGGGAAGACUUGUCUGUUGGUCCGUUUCAGAGACGAUAUGUUCUUGGGUGGCAAUUAUAUUUCUACCGUUGGUGUAGACUUCAGGAAUAAAAUUAUAUCUGUUGACGACUCCAAAGUCAAGCUACAGAUAUGGGACACUGCAGGUCAAGAACGAUUUAGAAGCGUAACACACGCUUAUUACAGAGAUGCUCACGCACUUUUACUUUUGUACGAUGUAACUAACAAAGUAAGUUUUGACAACACACGAGCGUGGUUGAGUGAAAUUCGAGAUUAUGCUAAUGAUCAAGUAGUCAUAAUGUUAAUAGGAAAUAAAGCUGAUUGCAGUUUAAAUGAUAGAAUGGUGAAAAGAGAAGACGGAGAACAAUUAGCCAAGGAAUAUUCAGUCACUUUUAUGGAGACUUCUGCAAAAUCGGGUUUUAAUGUCGAAAUCGCUUUUAUGGCUGUUGCAAGGGAAUUAUUAUUCAGAAAAACAGGGAUAGAAAAAAAAGGAUCUUUUAAUGUACAAGAUUAUGUAAAAGAACAAACUAAAACCAAUUGUCCUGCAUGUACUACAACAUAAUACAUUUUAUGUGACUUGGUCAAUGACGAGAUAUUCUCAACAACCACUAUACUUAUACAGAAGAGUGACUUCCUGAUUUUUUUAAUUUAAUACAAAUAAUAUAAUAAAUUGUGACUUGUGUUUAUAAAUGGCCAUGAAGUAGUCCUUUGUCUGUAAUUACAGUAUUACGAAUGAUGCGGCAAGUAGUCCCAACCACUAAUAGGUACAAACAACAGUAGGUACCCAUGAACCAAUACUACUGAAAUGAUUUAAAUUUAAUCGUUUUAUAAAGAAAUACGAUAUAUAAAUCGUCAUAUUAAAUAUUCGUUAUUAUUAACUAUCAGUCUUGUUGUGUUUCAAAAUCAUACAUUCAUUUCUAUUUCUAGGCUUCUAGCUGUUGUUCGUAUUGUAUUGUAUUGUAUUGUAUUUAUUUGGCUAUUACAUUAUAUAGGUACCUAUGUACAGCAUACGUCUUAUUAGUUAAUCACUUUAUCACAUUAAACAACAAAAUUGUAUAAUUACGCUUGUAUAUUAACAUUAUUAACUAUUAUAUGAAAAAUUGAAAAUUAUUUAGCUAUUAUUGUCAUAAACGUAGAUAAUAAACAUAAUAAUAUAGCAAAUAAACAAAUUUAUUUUAAAUAUUGUAUUUAUAUUUUAUACAUAUAUAGCUAUGAAUAUUU